AUGGCGUUCCAAACCCCGUAUCAUGCGGAUUCGGAUGCUGAUGAUGAAUACGAACGAAGCGUGGUCACCUCGCCGCAUAUAGAAGACUCAGAAACAUCUCCCACCGAUUCAGAGCUUCCAUCCGCAGAACAUACGCCAACCACCUUUGGUAAUACACUUGAUGAUAGGAGUUCUCCCAGAACAAUCAUUACGGAAUGGACUGCGGAGGAAUGUGCAGAUUUUGCGGCGGGGUUAGGCCUGAGCCAAUACUGUGAUGCGUUUCUAGAAAAUGAAAUUGUUGGGGAAGCGCUUAUCGCUCUAAAACACGAGGAGUUGAAGGAAAUGGGUAUUUCGAGCGUUGGUCAUCGGUUGACUAUUCUUAAGAGCGUAUACGAAACCAAAGUCAAGCAAGGAAUACUCUUGGAUGCAGACCAUUAUGUCCCUCUCUCUGCCGAGCAGAGUAAUGGAGCUGAAGCUGCGACUCAAGACGAUAUUUCUCGCAUAAUUCAAUCGAUUAGAUUGCGAGAUGAAAGGAUCAUAGCUGCAGAAGCGGAACUCAGGAAGCUGGCGGAUGACUAUCGCAAACUUCGUGAAGAGUUAUUGCCGGUAGUAAAAAUCGCGAAAGAUAGGUCACAGCCUUUGCCUUAUCAACCAAAUUCGACAUACUCCGGUACCACCAUCAACUCAGAAUACCACAACCAUGAUCCACCCACUGCAACUCCAAUUAUCACACAGCAAGCUGAGAAACCUGGAAAUAGCCUUACUAGGUCAUUUUCUAAGAAAUUAUUUGCAGGGGGAUCGACUCCCAAAAACAAUUCUCCUACUCACGUCCCUCAAUUUAUACCUGAGGGAAGACCAGUCAAUGAUAACUCAUUAGAUCCGUCAGCUGCAGCCAUGGCGGCGUCGUCACAUCUAACUGCUUCUAUGAGUGGCGGUCAGCCCUCUCCAAAAGGAAUGCCCUCUCCUACUUCCCCAGGAAGCUUCUACCCGCAGCAAACAUUAGCCUCUCGAUCAUACGCCAGGGAAGCAUCAAAUAGCUCAAACCGCGGAAUCCACGACCACUCUGACGAACUUCAAUCCCAUCAACGGCCUGACCGAUCCAUUGCCGCCACCCCUUCUACUCAAUCGAGUCGUCAAGAACCACCAAGCUCUGCCACUGGGAACCAGCUCGCCUCACGAACUCCAGGAGAAUCACCUGCCCCUAGCGUGGAAAUAUUCAAAUCUUUCCGAGUAUCUAUGGACGAUCCCUGUCACAGAGUCCUCCCGGCUGCCCUUAAAAAAUACAAUAUCAACGAAGAUUGGAGACUUUACGCAUUAUACAUUGUCUUUGGUGAUCAGGAGCGAUGUCUCGGUCUCGAUGAGCGACCUUUAAUUCUUUUCAAGCAACUGGAGAAAGAAGGACGGAAGCCCAUGUUCAUGCUUCGGAAGCAAGCGCAAUUAGUAGAUGGUCAGAUGGUCAGUGGAUAUCAAGGUCCACCAGGUACCACUGGUGCCGGAGGCAUUGGCAUCAUGCCUGGCAGUGCAGGUUUCGAUGGUGGAACCGGUGGCCUAGCUAGUGCAGGCCUUGGACGAUCCAUCCAGACCAAUUCGAUACAGCUGCCUGGUGGUGUUCUAUAACUUUCGAAAUGCGGACGGUUUAGGAUUUCGCAUAUAAUCUUUUAUUCCCCUCUCUUUGGUUACAAUCGUCUGCAAGUUGGCGACUGUCCUUAUUAAUUUUCUUUAUGUCAGAUGGCCACGUUGUUUCGAUAUUUUUGACGUGUCCAUAUUCAUCUUUUUUUGUUUCUCUUCUUCUCUUCUUCCCUCCUUCCCUAGCUUUUUCUUAUUUUUGUUUUCCUUUCCUUUUCGCCUCUCAUUUCCUGCAGGCGUUUAUGAUCUGAUCACUCUUGCAAAAAAAGAUAAUACACCAAUAACACGCGGCCUUUUUCCUUUCCUUUCCUUCUGUGGUGCUAGUUCCCAUUUUCUUUUACUUUCCUUCAUCGAUGUCAUGAUUAUCUUUCAUUGCUUGGUGUUUUAGCUUUUAUUUUUGCCUGUCUUGUCCAAUUGAACACGACUCUAUUUCUUCCCCUCCGCGACUUCUUCUUGGACAUUUUCUUCUCGAAUCUUUUUAUGGUUUCCACUUUUACGUUCCCUUGCAGACCAAGCUGAUGCCAUCCGUGACGAUCAUAAAAACGGGCGUUUCUGGAACUAUUUUACAUCCCUCUCUUUGAGAUGUGUUACUUUCCUUUCAAUGGGGACUUCAAGCAUACCUAACGUUUGACAGCUCCCUUUAUUUUUGCCUUCACAAACCCUUUGACCUUCACUGAAUCUCUUUCUUUUUUUCCCGCCACCGCCUUCAACAAUAAGCUAGCAUUCACUUUGCAUCUACCAAAGUUUAUCUUGUUCAUCUCUCCACCCCCAUUCCCCUCGAAGUUGGGUUUGAAUUUUUUGGUGCAGAAUGAGGAUUCGGAUCGGUUGAUUUGUCACUACGUGUAUUAUGAAAUGAAACUACCUACUUACCAACUAAUACAUAUAUUUAGUCACCC